AUGCCGACUCUGUUUAAGGGUAACCCAUAUUUGCUCGUUGCAGACAGUUUUAUGGAUAGGGUGGAGAAGCAACUUAAUGCUAUGAAUUUGGCGACGGACAAGUUGAAGAUCACUUUGGCAACUUAUAACUUUGUUGGGGACGCUGAGAUUUGGUGGAAGACCAUUUCUCAUACUCAUAAUUUGGAUACAAUAACUUAUGCUGCAUUUAAGAAGCUGUACUACGAGAAGUACUUUCCGGCACCUAAGGAGAAAGAACUAAAGAAGGAGUUCGAUGGGUUAAAGCAAGGAAACAUGACAGUUACAGAAUACGAGAACAAGUUCAUAUCACUUUUGAGGUUUGCACCAAGACUUGCUGAGGAUGAGGAAGGAAAGAUAGAGAAAUUUGUUGAUGGCUUUGAUUUCACCAUUAAGCCAUUUGUAGCUACUGCAGAGCCGACAGAAUAUGCAAAGGUAGCCCGGGCAUUACAAGUUGCAGUGCCCACAGAUUCAGAUGGCCAUGGGAGGAUGUUUUGGGUGUGGCCAGCAGGGCCACUAGGUGAAAGACUACCCACAGCAGAGCACAGGCUCAGUUUGGAAGUCAGUCAGUUAGACAAACCGCUUUGUGGUGACACGCCUGUUUGGGGUUUAGUCACUCUUGGUAGAGUUUGUAGGAGUUAUUCUAUCACCAUUGUCAGGCGAGUGCUAGAGUUCGAUCUCAUCCUUCUCAAGACGACAGGGUUUGAUGUCAUUCUUAGGAUGGACUGGUUAUCAUCUUUUAGAGCCGUCAUUGAUUGUUUCAGGGAUAGGGUGUCAAUGUGUACCCCGAAUGGGGAUUGUUUCUGUUUUGUGGGAGAUUGGUGUGAUUCUCUCACUCCUUCAGUUUACGGUGUUAAUGGUCGAGAUCAACAAUGGUUCUUUUUGGCUAGCCUUUUCGCUAAUAAUGAUGUUAAGUUUCGCGGGGUCGAUUAUCCAGUGAUUGCAUGCGAUUUUCUGGAUGCGUUUCUAGAGGACAUGACAGAGUUACCUCCACAUCGAGAGGUGAAGUUUGCUAUUGAUUUGUUUCCUGGUACCACACCAAUUUCUAUGGCACUGUAUCGUAUGACACCAAUUGAAUUAGAAGAAUUGAAGAAGUAG